GCCGAUGGCGUUCGCUUUAUUGCCUCUGAGAAUUACUCAUCUUGAAUUGGGUAACGAAUUGUGAUCUGUCGUAAACAGUUUCUGUGUCCUACUCAAGCUCUAGGAUGUUAAGAACAAAAUUGAUUUUAGUUUUCAGCCUCAUGGCUCUUGCUUUGUCUCUCUGUCCUGAUGCCUGUAUGGCUAGAGCCAAAAACAAGCCUUGCCCCUCUUUUUCUUCUUGCGGCAACCUUAAUAUUACAUACCCUUUCCGAUUGAAUACCGAUCCUGUUGAGUGUGGUUUGCCGGGGUAUGAACUCGUAUGUGAGAACAAUCGCACAACUUUGGUCACAAAACUGGGCAAAUUCCUUGUUAAGAAUAUCAGAGAAGUUAAUGAAUAUACCAGUUCUGGUAUUGACUCAGACGGAAAAUCAUUUGUUGGGAGGAAGUAUACAGUCCGAUUGGUCGAUCCCAGUCUUCCGAGAGAUAAGUGCUCCAUUCCUCGCAGUUCCCUUCUUUGCGACCCAUGUUGUUAUUUUUCCGGUGACAUUAUGUAUAUUCUAAAUUGCAAUAUAGCAAUGAACUCAUCACUUUAUGUUGAUGCCUCAGCUUGCACCAAUAGAUCUUCCCCUCCAUACACCUACUUUUUUCUUUUCAAUCAUAAAACCAAGGCAUCUGAUUUCAAUGAGUCAUGCAGAAUUGAAGCACAGUUUCCGUUUUCGCUGUCUAAUAUAGCAGACGUCUCUGCUUCUUAUUUUUAUCAUAAGCUGCUAGAGGGCUAUGAAAUCGAUGAUUCUUGGUUCUCCUCUAGAAACUGCCCCGGGGAAAAAAUUACAUUGAAGGUGAUAUUACAAUCAGUGAAGAAUGCGUUGGAAUCGUUUCUAAACAGCUUUUCAUUUUUCCUUCCCGGUGGCCGCCAUCUAAUGGAUAAUUAUGCACCAACGAGUACAUAUAUCAAAUGUAUUGCAACAACAGGAGCAAUUAUAUUAGCUAGAGCUCUGCUUGGGAUAUCCAUCUUGCUUGCAAUCAUUGUGUACAAAUUGAGGAGGAGGCAUUUGUCUGUGGAUGAUACACUUGAAGAGUUCCUUCAAAAGCAGAAUAAUUUCAUGCCUAUCAGGUACACAUAUUCAGAAAUAAAGAAGAUUACUGGAAGUUUCAAGAAUAAAUUAGGUCAAGGAGGUUAUGGUUCAGUUUUCAAAGGGAAACUUCGAAGUGGCCAUUUUGUAGCAAUAAAAUUACUGAGCACGUCAAAAGGUAAUGGCCAAGAUUUCAUCAAUGAAGUUGCUACCAUGGGAAGGAUUCAUCAUGCUAAUGUCAUGCAACUUAUUGGAUUUUGUGCUGAAGGAUCUAAGCAAGCCUUGGUAUAUGACUUCAUGCCCAAUGGGUCUUUGGACAAAAUCAUAUUUUCAAUGCAAAGCAAUACGUCUUUAAGUUGGCAAAAAAUGUUCGAGAUUGCUCUUGGGGUUGCUAGGGGGAUUGAAUACUUGCAUAGGGGAUGUGAAAUGCAAAUUUUACAUUUUGACAUCAAGCCUCACAAUAUCCUUUUGGAUGACAAUUUUAAUCCAAAAGUUUCUGACUUUGGCCUUGCAAAAUUGUAUCCUAUAGAUGACAGUUUUGUAUCUCUCACAGCAGCAAGAGGAACACCAGGAUAUAUUGCUCCAGAGUUAUUCUACAAGAACAUUGGAGGGAAGUCAACAGACAAGAAUCUUCCUUCUAUUUUCAAGUUAUGCAUUGCUUAUGCUGCAGCUUACACAAUGCCAUGUGAGCAAUGACAUGAACUACUGUCAAUCUAACUAAUGGGUUUUUUUAAGUAGAUGAAAUUGAUAUAAUUUUGGAAGCUUAAUAGACAACUUUAGAAAAAAAAUAAAAAUUUUAGAUUAAA